AUGCUCAUCAGACAAAGUGCCGGAUUCCUGAAAAAGCAUAUCACCACCAACUUGUUCACCAAUAUGUCCAACGAAGCUGAAAUAUCAGAAAAAGAGAGAAAUGCUUUAAUACGAGAGCAGCAAGAGGCAGAAUCGAAGAAGAGAGCGUACAGAGAGAAGAAGCAAGAGGUGAGAGAGAUGGCCAAGCAGAAAAACCAGGUCAAGUUCAACAACCAGAGCCUGCCGGACUACGACGUAGCCGAGAUGCCUAGAAAGAGAUUUUAUAGGCAACGAGCACACUCGAAUCCGUUUUCGGACCACUCCUUGGAGUACCCGCUGGACCCAGACAGUAUGGACUGGAGUAAGUUGUAUCCACACUUCUAUGAUGAGGAGACCCAGAAGAUGAGGAAGCAGGUGGAGAUCGCCGACAUUGGCUGUGGCUACGGUGGUCUUCUUAUAACGCUAGCAAAAGAAUAUCCCGAAGUAUUGAGUUUGGGCAUGGAGAUCAGAGUCCAAGUGACACAGUACGUUGAAGACAGAAUAAUAGCAUUGAGAGAGAAUCAUCAGGAUACAAAUGAGUAUCAGAACUGUGCCGUGUUGAGGGGAAACGCAAUGAAGUUCAUUCCCAAUUUUUUUCACAAGGGCCAAUUGCUGAAGAUGUUUUUCUGUUUCCCAGACCCACACUUCAAGCAAAGAAAGCACAAGGCCAGGAUCAUCACAAAUACCCUUCUAACAGAGUACGCCUAUGUCUUGAGAGAAGGGGGCAUUGUGUACAUGAUCACAGACGUUAAGGAUUUGCACGAAUGGAUGGUGAAGCAUUUGGAGGAGCACCCAAUGUUCGAGAGAAAAUCAAAGGAGUGGGAAGAUCAGGAUAAGUGUGUGGAGUUGAUGUAUAACUCAACUGAGGAGGGACAGAAAGUGGCAAGGAACAAAGGAGACAAGUUUGUGGCGUGUUUUGAGCGCUUGCCUACACCACAAGACUGUGAUUGA